AAUCAUUCGCCGACGAGUCGCAGAGUGGAGCAAAGGUCUCUAGCGGAAACGGAAAUCAGCAGCUAAUUAGAGAAAACGAAAAUGAACAAAGAGUUCAUCACGCAGGGCGGCACGCCUAUAACCGCCGAAUUGGCCACGGAUCUGCGCAAUUUGGUUUUCGGUACCGCAGCAAUUCCCAUGCGAGCCGAAUGGCUACAGACGUCCUUUGUGUUUGGUGCUCCCAAGGAGGAGCUGGCCUACGGCCUUCGUUCGCCCCGGAACGCCACACGUGGUCUGUUGUCCGUCGUCCAGGGAUUCGUUCUGAAGUAUCUGCUCUUCGCCCGGAAGACCAGUCGCGUGGCUUCGCUUACCGAUCCGCUCCUGGCCACCGCCGAUAUGCAGAGGGAGGCCUUGUUCUGCGCCCUCUUGGAGAUACUGCGCACCAUCUCGGACAAGGGCAAGGUCACCAUGGUGCUGCCGUCGGAGGACGAGGUGUUCGUGGACCACAGCGCCUGCUAUUUCCAUGAUUCCGUCACCGAGAAGCUCUAUGUUUUCACGCUGUCACCCAACGACGAGUUGGAAUACUUUUUGAAGCGAAAUUUCAAAUACUUUACAGAAGAGGAGACCCCAGGCACCCUGCUGUUUCUAUAUAGCGCCGUCCUCACGCGAUCCAUGGGAAAGGUUCGAACGGAUCUGGACUCGGCCAAAUCCUCGCCCCUGACGUCGAGCAAUCACGAGGAGGGAUCCCUAAUGAUUGUCACGCUGCUGCUGACGGGACGUGCCACUCCCUAUAUCCAUAAUGGUGUUGUAAAUGUGGGCGACGAGAGUAGCUAUGCGGUUCCGCAGUACGGCGUUCUCAAACGAUGUAUGAUUGGUCUCCUGCUUUGGGACAUCGAGUCAGCUAGCGCUGCGGUUAAUCAGUCCCGUCAGCCGGGCUCGCGACUCAAGACGCCCAACUAUCCCAUCUGGAUAACCAGCUGCACGGGUCACUUUGGCGUGAUCUUCAACAAGAAUCCGGAUCUGUUGCGCAACUAUCAUGCGGAGUCGCGUUUCGAUGUGAACUACUACAGCUGCUCCGGUCACCAGAUUCUGAUGACCAUCGACAAUCGGACGUACAACGAGCAGGCAUUGGUCAUGUUGGAGCGACAACCAAUCACGCCGGAGAGUACCUCGAUGUCCGGAAAGGAGGAUGGCGCAACGUCGCCAACGACCGUUUCCGGUGGAGGAGGUGCUGCUGCCGGCGGCGGUGUGGGUGGCGCUAGCGGCGGUGUUGGUGGUGCUGCUAGUGGCGCUAGCGGUGGUAACGAUGUGGUCGCCAAGGAGGAGUCGACGCUCAACACGCCGUUGCAGCGUCUGAUUCGUACCAAGUGGGAAGAGGCAACUAUAAGCUUUCACGUGCAGCCAUCGAUGUUGAGUUAUCUUUUUAGUACCACACAGUAGAAUGCAGGAUCCAAAAAGCUAUAGAUACUCCUUUGCUAAAGUCAGAACGAUUCACAUUCAAGCGCAAGAGAUAUCAUCAAAGUGAAUAGAAGAUCACAAGAUCAGAUCAAUUAAAUUAGUUUUUUAAAAAAUAAAAAUUUAUUUG